UAUACUACUAAAAUUCUCUCUAAUUCUCACCUUUGUUAAACAAAGUUUGAUAUUAAUAUUUUGUCUUUAUUAUAUAACACUUUUGCAUUAUCUAUCAUUUGAUUUAUUUAUUUUUCAGUGGUAUUUUUUGACCAGUGGGAAUAAUGUAACUGAAUUAAGUCGAGUAGCAACAGGAGCUUUUCCAGGAAAUAGUAUUACAAUCUUUCAGCCGUAUGUGCCAACGGAAAGCAACAUGUUAAUAAUUCAAGAGUCGAGCAUUGAUGAAAUGGGAGGAUUUAUAAUCUAUGCACCUAUAGAUUUACUAACAUUCACUUCAGUUAUCAAUGGAGGUGAUGCCACAAAAGUUUCCAUUUUGCCCUCAGGUAUCACCAUAAGUCCCGAUGGUCAACUCGCUUCGACCAGCAGAAGUACUGGAAAUGCACAAGAUGGUUCAAUAUUGACAGUGGCUUUUAAAAUAUUGAUUUCUGGCGAUAAUUAUCCGAUGUCUCAGCAGAAACAUAUGGAAGUAAUGUCUUCUGUUCAUGUCCUUUUGAGCUCCAAAGUUUUAAAAAUCAAAGCAGCAUUGAGUUGCAUAAAAACAUAAACAUUAUCUUCAUUUUAAAAAAAAAAAUCAUAUAACAAAAUCUUCAUAAAAACAUAAACAUUAUCUUCUAGGAAAAA